UUUCCUAACAUUUUAUUAUUAAAUUUUAAAAAGUUUGUCUUAGAAGUUAAGUUUAUCACUAAUUCACAGACCAUAAGGUGACGUUCUUGCACUUUAGAGACACAAUAUGCUACAGUCUUCACGCUCCUAACAGCCAAGGACUGAAUGCAGGCCCAUAGUACUAUUUUCUAAAUGCCCCCCACUGACCUGACCAUGGCAGCUGAGGAGAGUCUAGUUGAGAGUGGUACUAGUCGAGGUCAAUCACAACAACCCUACGCAUUCACCGUGCAACCCUCUAUGACUGCACCCGUGUCCCUAACCGGGGCGCCCAAAGGAGACAGUCCUAAGAACGGGAAUACGCCGGCCCCAAUGGCUAGUACUUUGAGGGCCACAGAGCAUCGAGACACUGCUAGAGAAGAACAAGAGGCCAUUGCUGAGUUCCUUGAUAGUAUGCCCAUGAUUAAUAAAGAGUUUAACAUUUGCUGCAAAAUAGGAGAAGGCACGUUCAGCUCUGUGUACCUGGCGUCUCUCAAGGGGAUCCCUGAAGAGAGGGUGGCUAUCAAACACCUUGUACCCAUCUCCUCCCCCAGCAGGAUUGAGAAUGAGAUCUACUGUCUACAACUCAUGGGUGGGCGUGACCACAUUAUGUCGCUGCUGACUUGUGUUCGACACAAAGACCACAUCGCUCUUAUUAUGCCCUACUUCAAACACGACCGUUUCACUGACUACCUUCAUGUGCUGAGCGUGUCAGAAGUUAGGGAGUACAUGAGAGCAUUGCUUGUUGCCCUGAGAGUGGUGCACAGCCACCAGAUCAUCCACAGGGACAUCAAGCCCUCAAACUUCCUCUACAACAGAGCAACAAGACAGUUUCAACUGGUUGACUUUGGGCUGGCCCACGCUGUACAAACUAAAGAGGAGCUCUCUGCCAAACCGUCCACCAAGCCUCGGGGACGUACGGCCAUGAGGGGGGAAUCCUCUAACACCACUGUCUCCAAAGUCAACGGCAUUGGUCCUCCAUCCACUUACUCGAGACAGCUGCACCUGCGGCCGGCCGCUAGGGGACACCGUGCAACCACAUCCAAAGGCAGGACAUCCACAUCAAAGGGAAAUGUCACCACAUCAAAGGGAAACAUGACCACAUCAAAGGGGAGGGCAAGGCCAGCAGCCGAGGGUGGAGAGGUUAGACUAUGUCCCAUCAGGCAUAAGCUCUCUGAAGUUUGCAAUAUUUGCAUGUCAAGGAGUCAUCAGGCGGCCCCCCGUGCUGGUACCCCUGGAUUCAGAGCCCCAGAGGUCCUCCUCAAGUCACCCUCUCAGACUACAGCUGUAGACAUGUGGUCGGCUGGCGUAAUUUUCCUGUGUGUGUUGAGUGGGCGAUAUCCUUUCUUCCGAGCUCACGACGAUCUGUCUGCUCUCACUCAAAUCAUCUCACUGCUGGGCUCUGACACUUGUUCCAAGGCAGCCAAUGAAUACGGUAAGGACCUGGUGUGUGUCCCUGCAGUUGAACCUACGGACCUGAGAACACUUUGUAGAACACUGAGAGGAUCCAUAUCAAAGUCACAUGACACUACUGACAAUAUGACAGAGUAUGUGGCUCCACCCACAAAGAAAAACCGAGUUUGCGAAGACACAAGCACUACAGAAGACUCUCACAAGUCAACAAAUAACCUGAAACAAUGCAACGGUUCAACAAACUCAAACUCACCCACUGACACUGUAUGGAGUCAAAUUCCUGAAGAUGCCUUCGAUUUGCUCUACAGAUUGUUGGAUUUUAACCCCUUAUCAAGAAUAACUGCCACUUUAGCUGUAGACCAUAGUUUUUUAGCUACCUAGCACCACCCGCCACCGCUGUAUGUCUCAAUGUUUCUACGUGCAUAACUGUGUUUUCUUGUAUUAUAGCUGGUUUUGUUCAGUUGUGUUUAUUUAUUCUUGUUUUUGUGCCCUGGCCACAUGUGGUAACUCAAUCUUCUGUGUCUAUCUGAAUGAGAAAUGAGAUGCAUGAUUAUUAUUAUU